CUCACCACCGCUCGACGUUUCGCGGUCUCUUCUCUUUCCUUUCCCCUUCUACCAACACUUCCGGCAGGGGUUACGACCUUCACGAUGAUACCCUCACUACCCUUGUUAGCUUUUACGCUAGCAACCACUUCGCCUACCUGGGCACAGAAAGUCGGAGCGUUUGCAGAUGGAGGAAACACGUUAGUUAGCGCUAUGAUGAUGUUCGUCGGCAAUAAGGAUCAAGUGUAUAUCUUGGAUAAAGCGGAGGGUAACGCCGCUCAGGUCAACGGUCAUCCCGCGUGGGGUUCUGUUUGGAAUAUCGAUACACACGAGGUCGUCGUGCAGGACGUUAAGACGAACGUGUUCUGCUCGUCCGGGAUGCAUCUUCCCAACGGUUCGUUCGUGACAUUUGGUGGAAAUGGAGCUGUUACCAAAGGCGGUAACGUUGGCUCUGUCCUAAACGACGAGGGCUCGGCCUCGUAUGAUGCUCUGUAUCAGGACUAUGAUGGCGGAAAAGCAAUUCGGGUCCUCGACCCCUGUGCUGCGGGAUCCGACUUUCAAAGCACUCAAUGUGGCUGGUUUGAUGAUCCCAGCGUACUCGCCAUGCAAAAGCGUCGAUGGUAUUCUACGGCUGAACCAACCGCUGAAGGUGACAUCGUCAUUAUCGGCGGUUUUGCAAACGGCGGUUACAUUAACCGGAACUACCCCAACACUGACCCAGAGUUCGAGGGUGGUGCCGCUGAAUGCACCUAUGAGUAUUAUCCAGCCAAUGGAAGGACGGCCACUACCAUGCAGUUCAUGAUCAAUACUUCCGGUCUCAACUCUUACCCUCACACCUUCCUGAUGCCAUCUGGUAAAAUGUUUGUUCAGGCCAACGUCUCAACUGUUCUGUGGAAUCACACUUCCAACGAGGAAACCGCGCUCCCAGAUAUGCCUGGCGGAGUCGUUCGCGUGUAUCCCGCAUCCGGAGCCGUCGCCAUGCUUCCUCUUACACCCAAGAACAACUACAAUCCCACGAUCCUCUUCUGUGGUGGUUCUGACAUGCCGGACUACUCCUGGGGUAACUACUCAUGGCCAUUCAUCAACACAUGGGAGUACCCAGCCUCAACGGAUUGUCACCGUAUUACCCCCGAACCUGAGGACGGCUCUUCUCCGGUAUAUGUCAAAGACGACGAUAUGCUAGAGGGAAGGACCAUGGGUCAGUUCGUCAUUCUUCCCACCGGCGUGCUGUUGGUAGUGAAUGGAGGUGUCAAUGGCACUGCUGGUUAUUCCACUAUGACUCUCCAGACGACAUCUUACAGUGACAUGCCCUACGGAAUGUCACUUGCCUCCGGGCCCGUCGGUACGCCUGCUCUUUAUGACCCCGAAGCAGACAGCGGCAAGAGGUGGUCUAAUGAUGGGUUCUCCACAUCUGAUAUUGCUCGUUUGUACCAUUCGUCCGCCAUCGUUCUCCCCGAUACAUCUGUAAUGAUUGCUGGAUCUAACCCUAAUGUCGACGUUAACCUUACCACUUACUUCAACACCGAAUAUCGCGCCGAAAUUUUCUAUCCCCCUUACUUCUCUGCCAGCACCCGACCGGAGCCAACCGGACUACCUUCUAAACUCUCUUACGGUGGAGACUACUUCGAUGUCACCAUACCUUCCAGCUCCUACUCCGGCGACUCUAACGAUGCCGCCGCAAGUGCCUUCGUAUCCGUUCUUCGAACUGGUUGGACAACGCAUGCGAUGAACAUGGGCCAGCGUUAUCUUCAACUCAAUAGCACGUAUACUGUGAACAGUAAUGGCUCCAUUGUGCUCCACGUCUCGCAGAUGCCCCCGAACGCCAACAUUUACCAGCCAGGACCUGCUUUCUUGCACGUCGUUGUGAAUGGCAUUCCGAGCAAUGGUUCUUACGCCAUCAUUGGAAGUGGAAACAUCGAAACGCAGACACUAGCUGCUGCAGCUGUGCUACCAGCUAGUGUUAACAACACCAGCGCCCAAGGUUCUGCCGAUGGCUCUACAACGUCAUCAAGCGGUAGCGGUGAUCAAAAUAGUGGUUCUAAGACUAAUACUGCUGCCGUUGUUGGUGGGGUUGUCGGUGGAUUGGUGGUCUUGGGCAUACUCGGUGCGCUUGUUGGUAUCUGUCUAACGCGACGAAGACGUGAGGCCAACCGUCAGCCUACGUCGUCGUAUGCGAUGCGCGACGGUCCCGGGUUUGGAGCUUCUCUAGGUGCUGGCGCUGGCGCUGGUGGGACGGAUAAGGCCUUGCGGAGUUCUGACUCUAGUGCCUUUAUCCCAUUACAGCAUGCAUAUAAUCAAAACGAAUCAUGGAGUUCAAGCACAGCAAGUCUACAAGCGCCGUAUCAAGAUCAGUAUGAAUCACACGAUCGCAACGGGAUGAGUAUGGACUACGAUCCAUAUGCUGCUGAGUCGAGGAUGAGUACAAGUACACCUGUUGGGCGGCCGCAUAGGUACUGAUUGAUGACGGAGGCAAGAGUGCGUUCACGGUAUGUCUCCAGUGGUAUUAGAUGCGGACUUGACAGUUGCAUGGAUUUUUCUCUCUCACUUUCCACGUGUUAUUUUUAUCCUCAUUACCUUCCACGUCACUGCAUACCUUCA